CAAACGUAAACAUCCCUCCUGUGGGAUGUGGGAAACUUUGCGAGGGAAAAAGACUGAUCCGACUGUGCCAUUGAAAUUUCAUAAUUUUAUCCGUGGAAAAUCACAGCUUUUCACUCUUUUAUUUCACUAAAUUAUGCACAGACGUGAAAUCCAAUGGUCGGCUUUCCGCUGCUAACGUGGACAAGCAGAUUUUUGACGAGAAAUACAACCUGCUUGCCGAGUCUUUGGUGCUCUUCGCGGAGACUCGAGUCCACGAUGAGGAACAUUUUGCACGUUGCAGAAAAGAAUGACGCGGCCAAGAAUAUUUCGGCGAUCAUGUCGGGCCGAAAUGCACAACGGAGGGAAGGCAUUUCGAAGUUCAACAAAAUUUAUCAGUUCAACCAGGCCUUCCAGGGCCAGAAUUGCAACAUGAUCUUCACCUCGGUGUCAGGUCACCUGCUUGGCCACGAUUUUCCUUCCACCUACAGGGGCUGGAACUCGUGCAACCCUGUCGACCUUUUCUCAGCACCCGUCAUCAAGUCCUGCACAAAAGACAUGGAGAACAUAAAGAGGACUUUGGAGAGAGAAAUUCGCGCUUGCGACACUUUGGUGAUUUGGACUGAUUGCGAUCGAGAGGGAGAAAACAUUGGUUUUGAGAUCAUCGACGUCUGCCUUGCGGUGAAGCCGAACAUUCGUGUGUUGCGAGCAAAAUUUUCGCAGAUCACAAAUCAAGCCAUCAACAGGGCACUCAACAACCUUGUUGAGCCUGACAAGAGGGUCAGCGAUGCCGUGGAAGUGCGCAGUGAGCUCGAUUUGCGAAUUGGUGCGUCAUUCACCAGAUUCCAAACGCUGCGACUUCAAAAGUUAUUUCCCGGUAUCCUGAGCGAAGGACUGAUUAGUUACGGCAGCUGCCAAUUUCCCACCCUCGGAUUUGUUGUUGAGAGGUACAAAUCUAUUCAGGACUUCAUCUCCGAAAACUUUUGGAAAAUUGAAGUUACGCAUGAGAAGGAAGGAGUAUUAGCUCGAUUCAAUUGGGAGGAGGGUGAACUUUUUGAUGAAGAUGUUGCACGAAGUUUAUUCGAAGCGUGCCAGGAAAUCAACUUGGCGACUGUUGAGAACGUGGAAAGCAAGCCCAAGUCAAAGUGGAGACCUGCUCCUCUUGACACUGUGGAAUUAGAAAAAUUGUCAUCGAAGAAGCUCAGAAUUACUGCAGCAGAAACAAUGCGCAUCGCAGAAAAGCUUUACACCCAAGGCUUUAUUAGCUAUCCUCGCACAGAAACAAAUAUUUUCCCCAAGGAUCUGGCUCUUGCGCCUUUAGUUGAAAUGCAGGCACAGGAUCCUCAGUGGGGAGAUUUUGCACAACAAGUGCUGCAAGACGGGCCAAAUCCUAGACAGGGCAAAAAAUCCGACCAGGCUCACCCUCCUAUUCAUCCGACAAAAUACUCAAAUUCCUUGCAAGGUAACGAGAAAAAGGUUUACGAAUUGAUUGUGCGCCACUUUUUGGCAUGCGUGUCGAAAGACGCUAAAGGGCACGAAACAAAAGUGCACAUAACUAUCGGUGAAGAAAAGUUCAACGCAAAAGGACUGAUGGUUCUGGAAAAAAAUUACUUGGAAGUCUACAUUUAUGAAAGGUGGUCGGACAGUGAAAUUCCCAUUUACAAUGUAGGUGAACAAUUCGUGCCCACAACCUUGGAGCUCAGAGAAGGAGAAACGUCUGCUCCAAAUCUUCUAACUGAGCCAGAACUGAUCACUUUGAUGGAAAAGCAUGGCAUAGGCACCGAUGCCACUCACGCUGAACACAUCGAGACAAUCAAAAAGAGGAAUUAUGCAGCUCUGACCAACAACAACUUCUUCAUUCCCCAGCAGUUGGGAAUGGCACUGGUUGAGGGCUACGACAGCAUGGGCUUCCACAUGUCAAAGCCAUACUUAAGAGCAGAACUUGAAGCGGAUUUAAAAAAAAUCUGUGAGGGCCAGAAGAAUCCCCAGGAUGUUCUUCGUGACCAGAUAGCACGGUACAAGGAGGUCUUUGAGCAAGCGGUGGCUCAAGUAAACAAGCUUGAUUCGGCAGUUGAGCAGCAUCUUGGGGUUCGACGUGAGGCAAAUGCUGUUUUCGAUCUACCUGCUCCCAUUUCCAGUCAAAAGUUUGCCACUUGUCCAGGCUGUGGCCAAGACCUGAUUGUCAAGCAGAAGAGAGACGGUGACACAUUUUAUAUUAGCUGCUCGGCAUAUCCUGCUUGCAGAAAUUCUAUUUGGCUACCGUCGGCCGUACGGAACGUUCAAGUUACGGAUCAAACUUGUCAACAAUGUGGCCCAAGCACCAAAAUGCUUAAAUUUGACUUCAAAAGAGGGGAAAUGGACGUUUUUUACCCAACGCUUGAGUGCACAACUUGUGUAAUGGGCUGUGAUAGAACUUUCCUCGACAAUUUGGACAUACGAGGUUUCAGCAGAAGAGGCCCUGCCAGACCAAAUCAAAACGGAGGAGGAAAUAAUCCUCCUGACGAUGAUUUUGGCAACGGGCCCCCAGGACCUGGGUUUGGUCCUGGAGGUGGUGGGAACACGACAUUAAGCAUUUUUGGAAGCAGGAGCACGACCACCUCAACGCAAUCAGGCCAAAAUCAGCAGUCGAACAAGAAAAAAACAGACAGCAGCAAAAAUAAUGCUUGGACCAUUGGACCGAUGGGUGAUUUCGGGCCUGAUAUUUUCACGGAUGGAAAUUCUACUGUGACAUGCAGCUGCGCUAAUGCACCUCCAGCUGCACAAAGGACUGUCAGGAAAGAGGGUCCAAAUAAAGGUCGACAAUUUUGGGGCUGUGAUAAACCAAUGGGCCAAGGUUGUGGCUUUUUUAAGUGGGCUGAUGACCCUGCUUUAAAUGGUCAACAGCAGCCAAUGCCUCAUGCAAUCUGGGCGCCUCCACAAAGAACACAACCUCCACCACAAAGAACGCAACCUCCUCCGCCCCUGGUUCCACCAAUAAAUAAUGAUGACGAGGAUGUGUUUUGUAAUUGCAAUGCACCAGCAAUGAUGAGAAAUGUACGAAAAGAAGGUCCCAACAAAGGACGUCAAUUCUGGAGUUGUGGAGGGACAAACCGUUGUAAUUUCUUCCAAUGGGCAGAUGAGGAUGCGCCUCCUCAAAACUUUGGCCAACCAGCAUUUGGUGGUCAAAAUCAGACCAAUGGUAAUUUUAAUGAUUACCAAGGAAACACAAAUACUCGGCAGAACAAACGAGGGGGUGGAGGUAAAAGAAAGUGCAGUAUUUGCCAUCAAGAAGGCCAUACAAAGACAAGGUGUCCUAAUAGGAACUGAGAAAACCACAAUCUUUAAUUUCUUCUACUUCUGUCCUUCUACGAAGUCAUUCAAUUCCUAUUCAAAUAAAUAGUAGAGUUAUAUUUUGAUAACAAAAUGUUUGUAUUUUUUGUUCU